CAGUGUGGGAUCACAGCACACACACAGCAAACCCUCGCUCUGAGCUCCAAAGAAAUGUUGUCCUCUGUGCUGCUGCUGUGCUGGACGGUCUCUGUAACUCUGGGGUCUCCAGUCCAGCUGAUUAAUAAUGGAUACAGGGGGGUGGUCGUCGCCAUCAACCCCCGUGUGCCUGAGAACCCAGCGCUCAUUGAGAAGAUCAAGGAAAUGUUCACAGAGGCUUCCCCUUACCUGUUCACGGCCGCAAGGAAACGGGCGUUCUUCAAGGACGUGAGGAUUUUAAUUCCCACAACCUGGAAAGAAAAUCAUUCUCUCUACAAGAAACCAAGCACUGAGACCUAUAAAGAGGCAAGUGUGCAGGUUGCUGAUCCAUUCUGUGACAAGAGCAUCGGCGCUCCAUACACUUCCACUCUUGGUUACUGUGGUAAAGAGGGGAAACAUAUCCACCUGACCCCCGAAUACCUGUUGAAUGACCAGGCCAUCGACAUGUACGGACCCAGAGGUCGUGUGUUAGUGUACACCUGGGCUAUCUUGCGAUGGGGAGUGUUCAGUGAAUUUAACUUCCAGCAACCAUUUCAUAGGCAUUUCACUGGUGAGAUAGAAGCUGUUAGGUGCUCUAAGAACAUUAGGGGCUCAAUCAAGAAUCGUUAUUCGAAGAGAGACUGUAAGAUAGACCCCUGGACAGGGCUGCCCUCAAAGAACUGUGUCUUCAUCCCUCACAAGGAGCAGAACACAAAGGCCUCAAUCAUGUAUCAGCCUUCCAUUCCACAGGUUACUGAGUUCUGUGAUGACAGCACUCACAAUUUCGAGGUACUAAAUGACCAGAACAAGCAGUGUGACUACAGGAGUGUCUGGGGUGUCAUCAGCCAGACUAAGGACUUCAAAGGUGGCAACAACCCCCCCAUGACAGCGGACCCCCCCAGUCCAACCUUCACUCUGCUGAGGGCCAGACAACGUGUGGUAUGUCUGGUGCUGGACACCUCUGGGAGCAUGAAGGAUUCUGACCGGAUCAACAGGCUCCGUCAGGCUGCGAUGAUCUUCCUGGACCAGAUUGUGGAGCAGGGCUCGCGAGUGGGCAUCGUGGAGUUCAAAAAUGAUGCCCGGAUCUUGAAGGGUCUGGUUCUCAUCGAUGGGCAGGCGGCACGGACCCAGCUUGCCAGUGCGCUGCCUUCUGCAGCCGAUGGAGGCACCAAGAUCUGCAGCGGCAUCCAGAAAGCGUUUGAGGUUCUCCGACAGGAUGACGGGGACACGGCUGGGGACGAGAUCAUUCUCCUGACGGAUGGCGAAGACAGCAGCGUAGGGUCCUGUCUGGAGGAAGUGAAGAGGAGUGGUGUCACUGUUCACACCAUCGCUCUGGGACCCAGUGCCGACCCCCGGCUGGAGGAGUUUGCGACCGGGACAGGAGGAAAGAGUUUCUCAGCCAAUGACAAACUGGACUCCAACGCACUGAUGGAUGCAUUCAGUGACAUCACUUCUCAGUCUGGAGAUGACAUCACUAGUGCUGUCCAGCUGCUGAGCAAAGGGGGUAGGACUAUCCCAGGGUCAUGGUUCCAGGGUGAAGUCCCUGUGGACUCCACUGUUGGCAAAAACACCGUGCUGGCAUUCACCUGGGAACAUGCCCAGCCAGACAUCACAGUCCGCAGCCCGAGUGGAGGAUCCUACAAAAAUAACGACAUGGAAAUACACUCAGGGGAGAAAAUCGCCAAGCUGAACAUCCCUGGAAUAGCCGAGAUUGGUAUAUGGAGCUACAAGGUUGUCAACACCCACAGCUCCCCCCAGACCUUCACAUUGCUAGUGACCUCCAGAGCCGCCGAUGAAUGUGUCCCUCCGGUCAUUGUCUCUGGAGGCAUAAGCGAGACACAGACAACCUACCCUCAGCCCCUCCUGAUCUCUGCUCAGCUGUCCCAGGGCGCCUGGCCUGUCAUCAAUGCCAACGUCACAGCUAUAGUGGACCUUGGUGAAAAGACCGUGAAUAAACUGCGUCUGGUCGACAGCGGUACAGGAGCUGAUAAAACGAAAGAUGAUGGCAUAUACUCAGCUAUGUUCCACAGCUUUAAGGGUAACGGGAGAUACAGUGUAAAGUUUGAGGUGCAGGGUGUCAAGGGCGGAGUGGAGUACCCCAAAAAUGCUGUUCCAGAAAGACCUCGACAUAGCAGUGGUAGGAUGCGUCGUAGCGCCCCCUCUCUUCGCCAGACUAGCACAGCUCUCGGCAGCUUCAGCCGCACUGCCAGUGGGGGCACAGUGACAGUGAAGGGAGUGCCAGCUGUGCCCAGGGAUGACUUCCCCCCUGGAAAAGUGACCGACCUGACCGCCUCUGCCCUGAGAGAGAGCUUCACUGCUGCUCUGCCCCUCAACACCUCCUCUCUGCACAGUGUUCCAGCAGGACAGACCCAGACUCUCCUCCUGCCUUUGGAGCCCUUGGCUGCCAUGAAUCAAUCAGUGGUCUACCUCGCCCUGCGUGCCACAGAUGAAGAGGGGGGCACCUCUGAGAUCUCCAGCAUCACCCAGUUGUCCACAUACGAGGCCCUCUCCCAGGCUCCUGCUGGAUCUGAUCCAUCACGCUGCUGGUUGUACCUCUGGAUCUGCUGGAUCUGA